AGCUGCGGGCCACCUGACUCUCAAGCACCUGACCUGGGGGUCCUCGCCCCAGAGCAAGGGCUGGCUUGGAGGACAGUCAGAGGCUCUAGGCAGCUCUGACCCUCCAAACCUGCCAUGAGAUUCUUGGCCACAAUCUGGAGUGCUGGGCUCUAGGGGGCCUGCAUCGGGGCUCCCGGCUCUCCUGUACCCCUACCUGGACACCAUGGAGUCCAACCUGCAAGGGACAUUCCUGCUGAACAACACGCCGCUGGCCCAGUUCUCAGAGGUGAAGGGCCCCGUGUGCCAGUACUCCGUGCAGAACUCCUUCUACAAGCUCAGCCCCCCGGGGCUGGGCCCCCAGCUGGCCGCCGGGACUCCCCACGGCAUCACCGACAUCUUGAGCAGGCCUGUGGCCACGCCGAACAGCAGCCUGCUCUCGGGCUACCCCCACGUGGCCGGCUUCGGGGGACUCGGCUCCCAGGGAGUCUACUACGGCCCCCAGGUGGGGAACUUCUCCAAGACGGGCAGUGAGUACCCCACGCGGACCCGGAGCUGCUGGGCGGACACGGGCCAGGACUGGCGAGGCGGGCGGCCGUGCAGCAACACCCCAGAUCCCCUGAGUGACAAUAUUCACAAGAAAAAGCACACUCGACCUACUUUCACAGGCCAUCAGAUCUUUGCCCUGGAGAAAACCUUCGAGCAGACCAAAUACUUGGCUGGUCCUGAGAGGGCGAGGCUGGCGUACUCACUGGGAAUGACUGAGUCACAGGUCAAGGUGUGGUUCCAGAACCGCAGGACCAAGUGGAGGAAGAAGAGCGCCCUGGAGCCGUCGUCCUCCACGCCGCGGGCCACGGGCGGCGCGGGCGCGGGCGGGGACCGCGCGGCCUCGGAGAACGAGGACGACGAAUACAACAAGCCGCUGGACCCCGACUCGGACGACGAGAAGAUCCGCCUGCUCCUCCGCAAGCACCGCGCUGCCUUCUCGGUGCUCAGCCUGGGCGCGCACGGCGUCUGA